CAUCUAUUGUUCACGCGCGAGUCUCGUGACCUUGACUGCGUGAGAGGAGUUGUAACAUAAUCAAAUUUGGCAUAAUUUUACGCGUGUAAGUUGAGCAGUCACGUGCAAGUUGAAGUCAAUAGAAUUGGCGCUCACGUUACUCUUCAUGGAUAUUCGUCGUUUUUUGAUUGGAUCAGGGUCAAAACAAAAAUCUCAAGGUAGUGAUGAUCAGAAGACACCAGGACGGAAAGAAACGGAAAAGGAAAAACCAUCAAAAAAGAGAAGAAGAAUAGCUGUCCUUAGUGAUUCAGAUGAUGAAGAUUUUACAACAAAGAAGAAAGGAAAAGCAAAUGGAGCAGCUGGAGUAAAAAGAAAGCUUCUUGAUGAUCCAGAUGUCAAACUUGAUUCACCAGCCAAAUCCAAUCGUUUUCCUGUUCGUGGCAAAAAGAGUAAAGCAAAUGUAGAAAAGCAUGUUUCCAUGUCAGCAGAAGACUUUUUCCGUUCAUCAUCACAAACUUUAUCAAAACCAAAAGCAAAAAGCAAAAUAGAAAUGAAGUUGGAGGCAUUCAGACGCGACGACAAAAAGAGAGAAACAGUUGCGGCUCAAAUAGCAACCGAAGCACCAAAGCAUAAGAAGUUAACGAAAGUCGAAUCUCUGAAGGCUGAUGAUACCAUGAAUGGAGACAACACGAAAAAGGAUAAAAGAAGUGAAGAGGUUGUUGAACAGCCCAUAAAAGUUUUAUUUGUUCGACCAUCACCGAAGCGUUUUCUGUCUGCUGGUCAUGCUACUGAUGGUCACAAAGAAGUGUCUGGUGUACCUGUAAGUCCUGAUAAACCUGUAAUGAAGAAGAGUAUGUCUGCAAGUGAUACAUCAAGGAAGGUUUAUCGAGAUUUUUUGCAACGGCAAGGACCAACACAACUCGGAAUGAAGUCACUUCCGGAGGCUGCUGACGAUUGUUUGGAAGGCAAGUCAUUUGUUGUGACCGGUGUGUUGGAGAGUUUCGAACGAGACGAUGUUAUUGAUUACAUCAAGCGUUACGGCGGCAAGAUUUCUCAACAAGUUGGCAAGCGAACAAGCUAUUGUGUUGUAGGAAGAGAUGCAGGGCCAACAAAAUUAGAUAAGAUAAAACAGUUUAACACUGUAUCACUGGACGAAGACAAAUUUCUUGCUCUGAUGCAUUCGUUUCCUCCCAAACAACCAAAAUCUGGUCCAUCCACAUCUUCAGUAUCUUCUCUUUCCACUGAUGAAAGCAAAGCCAAGAAAGCCCGAACUGAACCACCAACCAAGGCAAAAACUUUCACACAAACGGAACCAGUCAGCAGCACAGCGACACAACAUUCAACAGAGGGCAGCAGAUUGGAUGUCGAGAACGAAAUGUGGGUUGAUAAGUAUCGACCCAAAUCAACAAAGGAAAUCAUUGGACAGCAAGGAGACAAAAGUAACGUCAAGAAGUUAGGAAUGUGGCUGGAGAAAUGGCAUCAGUGUCAAGCAUUGAAGACAAGUCAUAGUGGUAAAGAUGGGAGCUCGGUGUUUAAAGCUGCGUUGCUGUCUGGUCCUCCUGGUGUUGGGAAAACGACGUCAGCAUCACUGGUUUGCCAGGAAAAGGGAUUCACGUAUAUUGAGUUGAAUGCAAGCGACGCGAGAAAUAAGAAGACGCUGCAGGAGACGGUGAAAGAUGCUUUGGCCAAUUGUGAUAUUGCUAGUUUGGUUAAAGGUGACAGUAGUGGGAAACAUCACGUGCUCAUUAUGGAUGAAGUAGAUGGAAUGUCAGGAAAUGAAGAUCGAGGAGGCAUUCAGGAAUUAAUCAAUUUUAUCAAGUCAACUCACAUUCCUGUCAUUUGUAUCUGCAACGAUCGUAAUCACAUCAAAAUUCGUUCUCUUGCAAACCAUUGUCUUGACCUUCGCUUUCAACGUCCAAGGAUUGAGCAGAUCAAAGGAGCAAUGAUGAAGAUUGCCUUCAAGGAGAAGGUGGACAUUAAAGCUCCCGCUAUUGAACAGAUAGCAGUAGCAGCUAAUGGAGACAUUCGACAAACACUGAAUAAUUUGUGUAUGUGGAGCUCAGCAGAGAAGUCGCUGUCUUAUGAUGAAGCAAAACACAGUGCAAACAGUGCAAGGAAGCAGACAAAUUUGAGUCCAUUUGAAGGAGUGAGAAAAGUGUUUGCACCAGACACACAGAAGCUGUCACUGAAUGAGCAAUCUGAUCUGUUCUUCAUGGAUUACUCCCUCAUGCCAUUAUUUGUACAGGAAAAUUAUGUCUCUGUAACUCCAAUUGAUGCAAGAGAUGAUCCUCGCAAGACGCUUCGUCUUAUCAGCAAAGCAGCAGAGUCUCUAAGUUGGUCUGACGUAAUGGACCGUUCGGUCCGAACAUCACAAAACUGGGGACUCUUGCCAUUGCAGGCCAUGUUGACUUGUGCUAUUCCUGCUUUCCAUCUGCAUGGCUCGUUGUCUCAUAUGAUCAGCUUUCCUCAAUGGUUGGGCAGAAAUUCGAAACAGAGACGACUCGGUCGUAUUCUGAGUGAACUCAGCUUGCACACUCACACUAAAUCGUUGGCAUCGCUGUUGGCUGUUAAUUUGGAUUAUGUGCCGAUACUGAGACAAAGACUAACAUCUCCACUAGCAUUGGAGGGACUUGAUGGAGUACAAGAUGUCAUAUCACUGAUGGAGACAUACUGUUUAACACGAGAUGACCGAGAAACAGUUCUCGAACUAGGACAAUUUCCUGGCAAGCCUGACCCAUCCAGUAAAAUAAACUCAAAGGUCAAAUCGGCCUUUACUCGUGCAUACAACAAGUCCUCCAUUCUUUCUCCAUUUGUGACAAGUCAGUCAGCAAGAAAGACAAAACCAAAUGCAGCUUCUUCACCCGAAUUUGGUGUCGAUGGUCCUGAAGAGACACAAGACAGUUUGGAAACCGAUAGUGAAGAGGAAACCGAUAUCAGCAAGGAUGCAAUGAUAAAGGCUAAACGACAAAGAAGCAAACAAGCAAUGGGGAAAGAGGCAGUGGACAGGAAAAUGAAAGGACAAGGGCGUGGGCGUGGCAGAGGAAAGGCCAGUUCUUAACAGUUUGUUUUCAUGGUUUACAUAAACUGUAGAAUGUAAUGUGUUGCAAGGAAUACAAAGGUUUGCUGGUAGUUUUGAACGAUAGUUGGUAAUUGUUGUAUAUGUGGGUAAGAGGGAAUACAAAUGGUCAGGCGUUUGAUGUUUACAAUAUCAAUGGUAAUUAAUAUUAAUUAGUAGCUGCAUACACACAUGAAUAAAGUGUUUGAAGCAGUCACAGUCUCACUCCACAUGUUUGAUAGUGCUGCAUGUCUC